CUAGCAUUUGAGCAAAAGUUUAUCUAUUUAUGAUUCAAGGGGAGUUACACAUUAAACGUACCCGUUAAGCUGACAUUAAGUUGGAUACCAUUAGCAAUUUUGUUGGUAACUUUAAUUGGAUUGUGUCGACCGAUAAAUAAGUUAAUUGCAGCAAUCUUGUAAAGCGGAAACGUAACUAAAUUUUUUGCAACAUCGAAAAUUAACGAAUGUAUUUUAAAAUUAGAAGUACCAUGUACGUCUUCUUUCAUGGUCAUUUCUAAAAGAUCGAUUGCAGAUAUAUUAAAGAAGAAGAAGAAGAAGAAAUGAGAGCGGGGAGAUUGGAGCUAUAAAGAAAACGAAGAUAACCUGAUGAAAUGCUAUCCUGGUUUCACAUAUGCCGAAGCCGUUAUUUUGGAACUGUUAAACAAAUCAAAACAAACCCUUACUUGCAACCGUAAUAGCUAUAAACAAGUGUGUUUUAGUCAGUGUGCUCAUUUUUCGUAUGAAUUUUGGAGUGGUCACAUGAAAAAAAUUGGGGAACAUGCUAAACCAAUUCAAGACCAGAUUUCUGAGUUUAGUUAUAUGUUUGGGGGAAAAGAAUUUUAUUCUCAAUUUGUGCGUAAACGCAAGCCAGUUGUAUUUCGUGGUGUGGCAUCGGAUUGGAUGGCUGCGAAGCAGUGGAAAAACGAAAGUUAUCUUAUUGAAAAAUAUGGCGACGUUUUGUUUGACGUCGAAAUGGGUAAAAUAUACGACAAUAAUUUAAACACAAGAAAAACAAUGAAAAUGAAAGAAUUUCUGAGCGAGUACCGAAACAUCUCUAUGUACUUGGACUCACCAUUUCCGCAAUCUGAAAUGAUUCACGAUAUGCAAAUGCCUUUAAUGAUGGGGUGCGAAGAAUUGAAAUCAGCAUUUACAAGUAUGCAUCUAUUAUUUUCUAAUGGUGGGACCAGUAGCCCUUUGCACUUCGAUGGCUUCGAGAAUUUCUUAACUGUUUUUUCUGGAGUUAAAGUAGUCUACUUAAUUGACCCUAACUACAUUCAUAAUAUGUAUUUUAAAGAUAUAAAAACAUUUCCAAAUUUGUCUCCAAUCUCUCCAGAAGGUGUUGACUUAGUUAAAUAUCCUUUAUUUGCGAGUACACCUUUCCAUAAGCUUGUGUUAAAUGCAGGUGAUAUGGCUUAUAUACCACAAGGUUGGUUCCAUCAAGUCCGUUCAUUUGAGUCACCAAAUAUUGGUGUCAGCUUAUGGUUUUCGAUAUUUUCACCAAACCAAUUACUUGAUAUUAAUGAACCGGAUUAUUCUUAUCGCGAUUCACUUGCACAAGAAGAAGCAUUUAAAUUUAUGGUUUUUAACGCACCGUUGGAAAUCGAGUGUUCAUCUCAAAAAGUAAACAUGAUAAACUUUGAUAAAAUUAUAUUACCAAAAGUUGUGAACUAUACUAAAAGAGGUAAAGUAAAAUUAGAAGAUGUUGAAAAGGAAUCUUUUUUUGUAAACAACACAGUAAUUUAUGAAAAAGUUGAGUUAAGCCAACCGACUGUGUUUGUGGGUUCAGAUGACCGUUGGAUUUACGCCAUUGACGCACAAACAGGAAAAAUAAAAUGGAAAGUGGAAACUGCUAAUGAUACUGGUUCAACUUGCAACUUUCACAACAGCGGUUUGGUUGUAUAUUGUGGAGCAGAUGACGGUUACAUGAGAGCUUUAGAUGUGACAUCCGGUACUGUAAUUUGGAAAUUUAAGACCAAUGCAUCAAUCAUAUCUUCAGCUUUUGUCGAUCACUUAAAUUUAAUUUACUUUGGAUCAAUGGAUCAUUAUUUCUACGUGUUACACUCCAACGGAACUUUAAAAUGGAAAAAAAAUCUAAAAUCCGAGAUUUGGAGUUCACCUUGUUUAACCAAUAACAGUAUUUUUAUUGCAACAAUGUCUGCAUAUAGAUCAAAUAUAUUUGCUCUUGAUAAAGAAACUGGUGCAGUUGCUUGGAAAUAUAUGGCAUUUUCACCAAUCAAAGCUUCUCCGUGCAUCAGUCAUAAUGGCUCCCUUGUAACAUUUUGUGAUACUAGCAGUUGUAUUUAUUCGUUCAAUACAACCUCUGGUAAUAUUACUUUUUUGAAAAAAACCGCGUCCAAUGAUAGUAUUGAAGCUACACCUGUUGCAGAUAGUCAAGGAAAGCUCUUUAUUUUAAGCAAAAGCGGAAGUCUUUUAGCAUUAAUUUUAGAACCUCCCAAAGUUUCUUGGAAAUUAAAUAUUGGAAACUCUGACAUAGGAUGUAGUUCCAGUCCAUAUCUAGGUGUUAAUAAUAUUUUAUAUAUUGCUGGAGGAAACGGAACAUGUUAUGCUAUUGAUCCAGACUCAGGCGAAGUUAAAUGGAAAACAGAUAUUGGUUCGCAGAUAUUCUUUAGUUCACCGCGACUUUCAAAAAACGUUAUUUAUAUAGGUAGUUUAGAUGGCCGAUUAAAUGCAUUAGAUUCGAAUACUGGUAAACUAUUAUGGUCGGCACACACUAACGGCCCUUUAGUUGGUACACCUCUUAUUACUAGAACAUUUGUAUAAUAUAAGUUUAUAUACAUGUAAAUUUAACUUUCUUAAUAAUUUCAUCUUUAA